UUCCGGAGCUGCAGUGUAGACAGGGAGGGGGAACCUGGGGUUCCGACGUCGCCGCGGAGGGAACGAGCCCUAACCGGAUCUCUGAGGCACAACCCGGCUCGGUGUCGCCUGACCGCGUAGGCUAAGAGAGGCCAGGCGGCCCUCGGGAGCCCAGUUGCUCGCCUCUGGAGCCAGCGCAGUCCUGCCAGUCGGGCCUCAGCCCGGGAGACAGUUACGCCCCCUGAUUGUGUCAGGAUGGCCCAAUGGAACCAGCUCCAGCAGCUGGACACUCGGUACCUGGAGCAGCUGCACCAGCUCUACAGCGACAGCUUCCCCAUGGAGCUUCGGCAGUUCCUGGCGCCUUGGAUUGAAAGUCAAGAUUGGGCAUAUGCCGCCAGCAAAGAGUCACAUGCCACAUUGGUGUUUCAUAAUCUCUUGGGUGAGAUUGACCAGCAGUAUAGCCGAUUCCUUCAAGAGUCCAAUGUCCUCUAUCAGCACAACCUGCGAAGAAUCAAGCAGUUCCUGCAGAGCAGGUAUCUUGAGAAGCCCAUGGAAAUCGCCCGGAUUGUGGCCCGAUGCCUGUGGGAAGAGUCUCGCCUCCUCCAGACAGCAGCCACGGCAGCCCAGCAAGGGGGCCAGGCCAACCACCCGACAGCUGCUGUGGUGACGGAGAAGCAGCAGAUGCUGGAGCAGCAUCUUCAGGAUGUCCGGAAGCGUGUGCAGGAUCUAGAACAGAAAAUGAAAAUGGUAGAGAAUCUCCAGGAUGACUUUGAUUUCAACUAUAAAACCCUCAAGAGUCAAGGAGACAUGCAGGAUCUGAAUGGAAACAACCAGUCUGUGACCAGGCAGAAGAUGCAGCAGCUGGAACAGAUGCUCACAGCACUGGACCAGAUGCGCAGGAGCAUUGUGAGUGAGCUGGCCGGGCUUUUGUCGGCAGUGGAGUACGUGCAGAAAACACUCACAGACGAAGAACUGGCUGACUGGAAACGGCGGCAGCAGAUCGCGUGCAUUGGAGGCCCUCCCAACAUCUGCCUGGACCGCCUGGAAAACUGGAUAACUUCAUUAGCAGAAUCUCAACUUCAGACCCGCCAACAAAUCAAGAAGCUGGAGGAGUUGCAGCAAAAAGUAUCCUACAAGGGAGACCCUAUUGUGCAGCACAGGCCGAUGCUGGAGGAGAGGAUCGUGGAGCUCUUCAGAAACCUAAUGAAAAGUGCCUUCGUGGUGGAGCGGCAGCCCUGCAUGCCCAUGCAUCCUGACCGGCCCCUCGUCAUCAAGACUGGUGUCCAGUUCACUACUAAAGUCAGGUUGCUGGUCAAAUUUCCUGAGUUGAAUUAUCAGCUUAAAAUUAAAGUGUGCAUUGACAAGGACUCUGGGGAUGUUGCUGCUCUCAGAGGAUCCCGGAAAUUUAACAUCCUGGGCACAAACACCAAAGUGAUGAACAUGGAAGAAUCCAACAACGGCAGCCUGUCUGCGGAGUUCAAGCAUCUGACCCUGAGGGAGCAGAGAUGUGGGAAUGGGGGCCGUGCCAAUUGUGACGCCUCCUUGAUUGUGACUGAGGAGCUGCAUCUGAUCACCUUCGAGACUGAGGUGUACCACCAGGGCCUCAAGAUUGAUCUAGAGGGGGAGAGGCUUUUGGAGCUGCAAGAGCACAGCUAUCUUGCUACGUCAUUUCCCACCUGUCCCCCAUCUCUACAGACCCACUCCUUGCCAGUUGUGGUGAUCUCCAACAUCUGUCAGAUGCCAAAUGCAUGGGCAUCAAUCCUGUGGUAUAACAUGCUGACCAACAACCCCAAGAACGUGAACUUCUUCACGAAGCCACCGAUUGGAACCUGGGACCAAGUGGCGGAGGUGCUCAGCUGGCAGUUCUCAUCCACCACAAAGCGAGGGCUGAGCAUUGAGCAGCUGACUACGCUGGCUGAGAAGCUCUUAGGACCUGGUGUAAACUACUCAGGGUGUCAGAUCACAUGGGCUAAAUUUUGCAAAGAAAACAUGGCUGGCAAGGGCUUCUCCUUCUGGGUGUGGCUAGACAAUAUCAUUGACCUUGUGAAAAAGUAUAUCUUGGCCCUUUGGAAUGAAGGGUACAUCAUGGGUUUCAUUAGCAAGGAGCGGGAGAGGGCCAUCCUGAGCACGAAGCCCCCGGGCACCUUCCUGCUGAGAUUCAGCGAGAGCAGCAAGGAAGGAGGCGUCACUUUCACUUGGGUGGAAAAGGACAUCAGUGGCAAGACCCAGAUCCAGUCUGUAGAGCCAUACACCAAACAGCAACUGAACAACAUGUCAUUUGCUGAAAUCAUCAUGGGAUAUAAGAUCAUGGAUGCUACCAACAUCCUGGUGUCUCCGCUGGUCUACCUCUACCCUGACAUUCCUAAGGAGGAGGCAUUCGGGAAGUAUUGUCGACCAGAGAGUCAGGAGCAUCCUGAAGCUGACCCAGGUAGUGCUGCCCCUUACCUGAAGACCAAGUUCAUCUGUGUGACACCAACGACCUGCAGCAAUACCAUUGACCUGCCGAUGUCCCCCCGCACUUUAGAUUCAUUGAUGCAGUUUGGAAAUAACGGUGAAGGUGCUGAGCCCUCAGCAGGAGGGCAGUUUGAGUCACUCACGUUCGAGAUGGAUCUGACUUCUGAGUGCGCUACCUCCCCCAUGUGAGGAGCCGCAGAUGGGAGCUGCAGAGAUGACUGAGGCCCCUGCCUGCCCCGGGUUCCACCCUUAAGCAGUCAAACCCCAGCUCUUCUGAGACUCCUGACUUUGUGGUUCCAGAUUUUUUUUUUUAAUCUCCUACUUCUGCUAUCUUUGAGCAAUCUGGGCACUUUUUAAAAUAGAGAAAUGAGUGCGUGUGGGUGAUGCGCUUUUAUGUAAAGAGGGAAGAAAGUGCUCUCUGAGUCCACGAUGGGGAUGUGAAACGGGAGGCUGGAGGGAGAAAAGCAAACGCCUUGUGUUCUGUGCCCCGCCCGCCCUCCUUCCUCAGCAGCUCAUGGUCGUCGUCCUUUGUUUAGACAAGUGCCUCCUGGUGCCCACGGCAUCCUUCUGCCCAUUUCUGUGAGCUGAUACCCCAGGCUGCCUGCAGCUGAGGACUCCUGGCAUUGCACUUUUAACCUUGCUAAUGUCCAAAUGGAAGAUAGGACUAAGUCCAUAGGUUUCUUUUUAAAUUAAAAACAAGACAAACCAAAACAAACAAACAAAAAAACGGUAAUAAGAAUUAAAGGGCAGCCAGGCAGUGGUGGCAGCACACACCUUUAAUCCCAGCACUCAGGAGACAGAGGCAGGCGAAUCUGUGAGUUCGAGACCAGCCUGGUCUAUAAGAGCUAGUUCCAGGACAGCCUCCAAAGCCACAGAGAAACCCUGUCUCGAACCCCCCCCCCCAAAAAUUAAAGGGCAAAACACACUGAGACAGCAUAGUCUUUUCUGUAGCAAAGAAAAUUUGGUUCCUAGCCUCUUUGGUGCUUUAAGUGUAAAAACCCUGAAAUGGUUUCCGAUGAAAUCUGGAAAAGACAUCUGAGGCUGUGGCUUGGCCUCUGGUUUGAACACGAAGGUUAGAGAGAACCUUAGAUAUCCCAGACUCUUCAUAGACCAGGUUUUAUUUACCCAGGCGUAUUCUCCCCUGUUGGAGGCAUGAGGCUAGGCCAAGGGCACUGAAAACCUCUAUCAUCUGCCCUCUCCACAAGACUCUGGACCCUGUUUCAGGGUCAGCCUGUCCUGCGGGUGCCAUACUGGACCUAGGCCCAACCUGGCUUCCUUUCUCACUUGACCUUGCCUGUGGUGUGUCUCUUUCCUAUGUCCCAAAGCCCCUAUCCUGCUUGCAUUGGGAAUCCUGGCCUCAGGACCUUGUGAUCAGAGAGACUGAGUUACAGCUUUGAAUCUGAGUUGGACUACAGGUCCUCAGCAAAGCUCAGGGAUUAUGGUCCUUAUUCUAUUUGCUUGGUUCCCAGGGGUACCUGUAACCACAGGGCAAAAGCUGACUGAUAAACGCCAGCUCGGCCCCUUGUAAGAGAGGUGUACUCUUGACUUCCCCUGAGACUAGUGAUUGUGUGCUCCUCUUUGGGGCCCCAGGGUGAGGUGGAACAGGGUGCCUGCACCUACCGUGGCCUUCAUGUCACCUGCUUGCCUCCGCCACUCUACUUGCUUGAACACUUAGUGGCUCAAGGCAGACCUCCUCUGACACAGAGGCAGGGCUAGAUUCAGUGACUCGGAGACACCGUGCUCAGCUGACCAGUGUCUGGAAUUCUGUUUGUUUCACUCAAAUUAACCAGUGUCUGAAUUAAAGGGGUAAGGACAUUGUCUCCAAGACAACUGCUUGCCUUGGCUACCCCUGGCCUUCUGCUUUGAGACAGUUAUUGCUCUCCCUUCCCCAGAAUAUUCUUUAGUAUGCAAUAAACUGAAGUCCCAGGCCAAAAGGGUAUUUAGAAAGGCAAGGCUCAGGGCAUACUGACGACUUUAAAGCCUGGGGACCCAGGGAGCAAGGGCUCAGACUUCUCUGGGGCAGGUGUUGUAAAGGUCCCAGUUCUGGGAAGUUACCUGGCUGGCCUGGGCUAACCAGCUGUAAUGACAGCUCCAAGGAGAGCAGAAACUUUCCCCAUGGAGUCCUCAAAACAGCCCACCUUCCCUCGUGACCAUGUCUGUCCCCAGCCUAGCCCAGCCAUGCCUGCAGAUUGCUUAGCCUGUCUGUGCAGUGGUUUGUAUUCAGUCCUGGCCACUGCAUUCAAAUUCCAAUGUAUACUUUCUAAUGUAAAAAUUUAUAUUAUUGUGGGUUGUUUUUUGUUGUUGUUGUUUGUUUGUUUUUUGUAUAUUGCUGUAACUACUUUAACUUCCAGAAAUAAAGAUUAUAUAGUAACUGUC